UUGGGUAAACUGUGGUUUACAGGCAGAAAGGACCGAGCAUCUUAUUUGAGCUGCCGGAGAAAGAAAGCAAAGUUAGAGAAACUGUUUUCAUCCCACAGCUUAUCUGGCAACCCGGGGCUGACUGCGACAGCAGCGCCAAUGGCAGCACAACACAACCGUUAGGAGGAUGACAGCAACAAGGUGAGAGGAGGAGGAGGAGGAUGAUGAGCGCCGUCUGAAGCUAACCAUGGCAGCGAGGAUCACCUAGUUCAUUUAUAUGCUGAAACGGGGGGGUUGACCAUCCAUUUUGACCUACGUAAAGAAAGUCCCGACAUCGAGUAUGAUUCCGUGGCUGCGGUGAGGAAGCAUGGUGCAGGAAGCUGAGGCGUCAGCGCGGCCGUGAUGACAGCAUGGUCCAUGGUGGAGAAGCUCAAAAUGGAAAAACGCCCAUGCAGGGAGCAGAACAUUGACUCAAGAGAGGCCCAGCAUGCCACAGACGAGUCUGAGGAAGGAAGCAGCUCCGAAAGCGAAUCGGAAGAGCAGUGGCAACACCAGCAGCAGCCCUAUAGGGCCCAGUUGGGCAACAACAGCAACAGCUGCAGGAGGAGAGAGCCUCUGGCCCUCACCAAGCCUCACCGCCAGCUAUGCCGCUCCCCAUGCCUCGACCGACCAAGCUUUUCCCAAAGCAGCACCCUGCAAGACGUCCGCGAUGACGACUCCGGCGCCCUGCAUGGGACCAAAGCCACCAGCGAAAAGGAGUACCAAACCAAGAUGGAGUUUGCUCUGAAGCUGGGCUAUUCUGGAGAUCAGGUGGAAACGGUGCUCAAUAAGCUGGGGGCGGCGGCACUCAUUAAUGACGUUCUUGCAGAGUUAGUUCGCCUCGGGAAUAAAGCAGAGCACGAAGCUCAACCCAGCAGCAGCACAGCUACACCCAUAUCACGGUCCCCCUGUGUUAAAGAGACUGUUAGCCCUGAAGCUUCGGUUGAGGAAGAAUCUGUGGAUGUGUAUGAUAACCUCAGGCCUAUCGUCAUCGAUGGGUCGAACGUGGCAAUGAGCCACGGGAACAAAGAGGUUUUCUCUUGUCGCGGUAUCCAGCUUGCAGUCGAAUGGUUUCGGGAGAAAGGACACAAAGACAUCACUGUGUUUGUCCCCGCAUGGAGAAAGGAGCAGUCGAGGCCGGACGCCCUCAUUACAGAUCAAGAAAUUUUGCGCAAGUUGGAGAAAGAGAAAAUCCUGGUUUUCACCCCGUCUCGAAGAGUUCAGGGCCGGAGAGUGGUGUGCUAUGACGAUCGCUUCAUAGUGAAGCUGGCUUAUGAUUCUGAUGGAAUUAUUGUGUCAAAUGACAACUACAGAGACUUGCAGAACGAGAAGCCGGAGUGGAAAAAAUUUAUAGAGGAGCGCCUCCUGAUGUAUUCAUUUGUCAAUGACAAGUUUAUGCCGCCUGAUGAUCCGUUGGGAAGACAUGGGCCGAGCUUAGAAAAUUUCCUCCGCAAGAAGCCUGUCGUUCCAGAGCACAAAAAGCAACCCUGCCCCUAUGGUAAAAAGUGCACAUAUGGACACAAGUGCAAGUACUAUCAUCCGGAGCGCGUGAACCAGCCGCAGCGGUCCGUGGCCGACGAGCUGCGAGCCUUUGCCAAGCUGUCAGCUGUAAAAACCAUGAGUGAGGGGGCUUUAGCUAAAUGUGGGACGGGUCCGGCAGCUGUUAAAGGGGACGUCAGCUCGGAAGCCAAACGAGUGGCGCCCAAACGCCAGUCUGAUCCCAGCAUUCGCUCCGUGGCCUGUGAACCUCCAGAGGCGCUCUCUGUUGCUCGGAAGUCCGAGACGAAUUCAGUGCCUUCCCUUGUGUCUGCUCUCAGCGUUCCCACCAUGCAGCCUGCCAAGAGCCACGCAGCUGGGGCUUUAAACACACGCUCAGCCAGCAGCCCCGUUCCAGGCUCUCUGCAGUUUGCGCACAACUCUCUAGAGCACAUGUCUAGUAUACAGUACCCCCCCAUUUUAGUGACCAACAGUCACGGCGCCUCUGUGACGUACAGUGAACAGUUCCCAAAGUAUGACUCCGUCAGCGAUCACGGAUACUACUCGCUCCACAGCGAUUUUUCAAACAUGAGCAUGAGCAGCAUGCACAACGUGGACAGUUUCUGUAGCAUGGAGCACGAGCACGUGUAUCAGAGAACUCCCAGCCACUGCCCUGAAUCCUGCCUCAGUCAUUCCAACAGUGACUCGUUCUCCUCCUACGGGGACCUGUACCCUAGCUCUGUGGACAGCAGCUUGGAGGAGAGCAUCAAAGGGCAGCAGCAGGCGCCGGCGCAGGCGAGGAUGCAGGCUUUCUCCCACGGGUUUCGCCACGAAGCCCUGAGCAGAGUUCAGAGUUACGGACAAGAGGAGCCGAAGCAAGCUCCCCGUAAGCAGGCCGGGGGACACCUAGCGCCUCAUAUCCAGCAUGCGGCGGUGGGAGCCCGCUCCAGCUGUCCUGGAGACUACCCCCUCACUCAAAACAUCCUCCCACCUUUGUCCUCACAGCCAACGCGAUCUCUAGGUAUGACCCGUAUGGACAGCAUAUCGGACUCCAGGUUGUACGACAGCAACCCGAAUAGACAGAGGCGACCGCCGCUCUGCCGCGAGCAGCACGCCAGCUGGGACCCGUUGCCGUGUGGCAACGAGUCCUACGGAUAUCAUUCAUAUCCGCUUAGCAACAGCCUGAUGCCUUGCUGCGAGCGGGUGAUGGUCCGCAGCAUGCCAGACAAAAUGGAACAAAUCUGGAACUCGCCGUGGGAGAACCCAUCUGCGGCCGAGCACCAAGAGCGGUACGUCAUUCCAGAUCACCAGUAUCAGACAUACAGGAACCUUUGUAACAUCUUUCCUGCAUACGUUGUCCACUCGGUCAUGGAAAAGAACCCGCAUUUAACAGACCCGCAACAGCUUGCAGCUGUCAUCGUUACAAAACUGAGGUCGUGCCACUGAGCAGUUUAUAAAGUAAACGGAAACGAGGCAUUAGUUAGGUAUGGCUGCAUGUGCAGCUCUCAGGAGCUUCUUAUUUUGUCCUGUGUAUUGGUGGGAUGUGUGUGGAUCAGAUUAAAGGUUUGCAUUAAAAGAAAAAAGAAAAUCUCACCGAAGGAGAUGUUUUUAUAUGGAGUGUAGUGUAGCUUAUGCGAUUAAAAGUGGAUUUCUUGUAAAGGAACUCAUUCAUAACACGUUCAUACUGCCUGAGCAGGAGCAGCAAAGCUACAUUUGGUCAAUAAGACCCACAGUUUAGAAAAUCUGAAACCUUUGAACACAAACUAAAAGACCUCCUUAAUUAUUAUAAAACAUUUCUCUAUUAUAAAAAGUUGGAACGUUCAGAAACGGAUUAAAGCAGUGCAUUAAGUCUUGACUUAUAUAAAAUAACAUGUGUAGAUGUAGGCCUCAAUCUUUGCCAUAUUGUUUCACUUUGCAGCCAAUAACUUUAAUAUGUAUUUGUAAGUCUUAUAUAAUAAACCAUUGAAUACCAUAGAAAUUAACUUAAAGGAAAAUUAGUAUUUUAGUUGAAAACUUAUUUUGGAAAACAUAUGGCAUAGAAAUGUUUUCAGCCCCUAAAAACAUCCAAUACAAACAUUGGUCUUAAGAAGUAUCCCAAUUAUAAACUCAGUCCUGCUGUCUGGAAUACAGUGAUUAUAUUUGGAGCUCUGAGGUUUGUUGAAAUAUUAGUAUAGAAACAGCCUGUUU